AUGAGCGAAGACUUUGGUGUCGGAGGCCUGGACGAGGACCUACUGGCGGCGCUGGACGACGUGCUGUCGCUGGCCGAGUCCGCGCCCAUUGCCGACGCGUUUAAUGCCUCGACGUGUGACGCGCCGUCUCCGUUCACCGGCGACUUCAGUAACAUGCUGUCCGUCGACAUGCCGGCGCUGCUGGCAACGGAGACGCCGACGCCGACCAACCGCCCGUCGGUGAGCCGGUCCAACAGCGCCAACAGCCAAACGACAGCGCCGUCGGCCCCCGGGAAGAGAGGCAAGGACGUGCGGGCGGCUCCGUACUCGAAGGGCGACAAGCCGCGGCGUCGCAAGCGCCCGAAAGACGAGCUCGACUACCUGCGCGCCAAGGUGGCCGACAUGGAGGAGGAGCUGGCCUCACUGCAGAAGAAGCCCGAGGUCGGCUCGCCCGUGAGCGCCGCUGUCAUCUUUAACGGGGACUCGGGCGCCGCAGCUGCCGAGUAUGCAGUGGACUACUCGCGAGACGUGCUGCUCUGCUGGAAGAAGAUCGCCGAGAGGCAGAAGAAGGAGGUGAACCGCUCCGUGAUGGAGAACAUGCGGCUGCGGGCCAUGCUGGAGGGCCAGCUGAGCGUCGCGAGGAGUCUCGAGGCCGCCAUCGACCAGCACCAGCGGGACGCAGCGCAGUCGCUCCCCACGUUCAACGGAGAAGGCGCUGCUGACGCUGGCGCCCCGCAGCCGAACGUCAUGACCGACGAGCUCAUUUUCUACCUUCUUAACGAAAGCCUCGAGGCGCAGUUGGUGGAGAUCGACACUGUGUUUGAGCUCAAUGGCAUGGCUCACAUCAACCACGACAUGAACAACGGCACCAAGGUGCAUCAGGACGCGAGCGGUGUAUCGGUCCGCCACGAGGAAGUUCGUCUGCUACCGUUCUCGUCCGAGGCCGUGCACCGAACGAUGUGGGGCAUCCUGCGAUACAGCACCGCCAAGGAAAUGAUGCUCGGGCCCUUCAAGACGCAGGUUGUCGAUGAGAACCGCAUGAACGUGACCAUGAUCGAGAAGAUCCGACUCGGCUCGGCACAGGCCACGAAUAUCGUCAGGAGGUUCGCGUUCCGUCGAGUGUUCGAGAAGAACCGCAUCGUGGUGGUCUGGAGCUCGUACGUCGAGAUGGACGGGUCGGUCUUCGUGCGUCUGCGCGAGAAAGGAUACUGCUCAACGUCGUCCUUCGACUUCGGGAGCAGCAGCUCUGAGAAUGACGGCGGCGGAGUGCCGGGGUCCGUCACGCGGAUGUCCGUGCUCGCGAGCCCUGAGCUGACUGCGAUCGCAUCACCAGUGGAGCAGAAAGCGCACGUUGGCGAGAUGACGGAGCUCGUCGUCGGCACAUACCGAGUCAGCAUGGGGUUAAUGCAUCAGAUGAUUGAUACGCUGCUGCUUCGAGAGGCCAUGGGCGGCAAAGUAGCGUCCCCCGUUGGAGAGACAGCCGUCGUAGCAUAG